CAGAAUAAUAUCAUGAGUUAGUAACUGCUAGCCUGCUAGGCUCCAUUUGUGCUAAAAUAAAUAUCCGAAAGCGGCUCUCAAGGCUGAAAAUAUCACUUUUCUUUCGAGAAGGCUAAGAAAAGGAGAACCAAAAGAAAUAAUAAAAUAAUAAAACGACCAAAAAUAUCACGCGGAACAGAAAUAUCUGGCACCAUCCACAAGAGAAAAGCGAAAAAUAUCUGGCUGGCAUAGGCCCAAGAUAUUUAUUUCUCAAGUCGAAAAAAUGACGUGGCACUCCUCCUCUCUCCUGACACGUCCCAAAAAGCGCUGCCAUGUGGCCGCUCCUCUCCCUUCAUCUCUUUCCCCUUUCCUUCUCCCAGCACAAGUAAAUCUCUCUGCAACAAAAAAAAAUUUUGACGGAAGAUUUUCCCUCUCUUCCUCGCUGCCGAUUGACAAAAAGGGAAACGAUCUUGAACUAGAAGCUCCACCGAUUUCCACAAUCAAGUUGGAUCUCUAUCUGUUGCUUGGUUCAAAUCUUGAAGGAGGGGGAGAGAAAAAGACCUAGCCGGAGAAGAUUUGUCAUGGAGACGGGGGUUCCCGAUAGAUCCUACACCGGUUCCGGCCGACGCACCGCCGGCGCGAAAGAGAUUCCGGGGCCAUCUGGAGCAUGGACAAAUGAGAAGCACCACUUGUAUCUUCAUUCAUUAGAAGCAUCAUUCCUCGAGCAGUUGCACCAAUCCAUCAGCUUGCGUGGCUGCUUGCGGAAGGUUGAUUGCAGGCCAUAUUCAUCCAGACAAGCCAAAGAUUGUAAUUCGUUGCAGCAGGGUACUUUUCAAAGAGAUAGCAAGCAGAAGAUCAACUGUGAAGGAGACGAGGACUUGUUCGAGAGCACUUGUGAUUCCCAUUUUGUAGAAGGAAGUCCUCCGUCGAUGCAUCAUGAUAUAUCCGAGGACUCGGAGCAUACAGCAUCUAGUGAUCUCCACUCUGCUUUUGGUAAAGAGGGGAAACGCAAGAGGAAUGAGUUGCCUGUUUCCCCUGCAUCAACACAAAGUUCGAGUGACACCAGUUUCUUAGAGGUUUCAGAUCAAAACUUCGCGGAUGAUGAUGAUGCUGUAUAUAAGUCGAGCCCGGCAUCCAGAUUGAAGAGGUCAAAGACGGAUGGACCAAGCGAUCAUUUUUCGGCAUUUCGCAACACCGAAGACAUCACCUGAGCCGAGCUUCCAACUCGAAGAACGAUGCAUAUACAUCAUGGCUCACUUCCAUCAGGGCUUCGAAAGCUGAAGAACUCUGUUCAAAGAUUCCUUUAUCGGCAAUGUCCCGCGAGCUAAGCUCCCUACAAUGUCUCUACUAUUCUCAGGGUAUGGUGAUUUUUUGCCACUCACAGAACAACGAGCGCGCGGCAAUUCGAUAGGCUACUCAAUUUGCACUUCUUUCCCUUUUGUUAUUGCUUUUACUUUGAUUGCCCUUCCCUUUCAGAGCAGUUUUGUAGGUUCUUUUGUUCAAUAUAUACAGAGAGAAACAUGGAAGAAACAUGGAAGAAACAUGCUAUAAAAAUCGACAACAAAACAAUGACUAUAAUAAGUGCGUCAAAACGAUAGUAUGGUGCUACUCCUUGUUAUAAGAAUCGAACCGGAUCAACGGCCGGACCAGUAGAACCGUCAAACCAGUUACGAUAGUGGUUUCGGUUCAUUGUUUGAACGGUUAUUGAUGGACGAAACGGUUUUUUCACGGUUCAACAUAAAAUCAGAUGAACCGA